UUAUUCAGCACAGAGUGACCAUGAAGGCAUUUAUCGUUCUAGCGUUGUGCGUGGCGUCCGCUUUCGGGGGAUACCAGGAGGACUUAUGGCUCGAAAAAAAUAGUGUACGUCCGCUCGGCCUGGAGGAUUUCGUUGAGUCGGAGUAUACGGGAAGAAUUGUGGGAGGAAAUGAAGUUGGUAUUGCUCAGUUCCCAUAUCAGCUAUCGUUGCGCUCCAACGGUAACCACAUCUGCGGUGCUUCCAUCAUCUCCAGCAACUGGGCUCUGUCUGCUGCUCACUGUACUCACCCAAUGCCGUCGGUUGGCUCGAUCACCUUCCGCGGAGGUAGCGCUAGCCGAACUGCCGGAGGAACCAUUUUCCAGGCAGCACAGAUUGUGAACCACCCAUCGUAUAACCCAAGCACCAUCGAUAAUGAUGUUUGCGUCAUCCGUAUCACUACAUCUUUCACCGGAGCAAACAUUUCACCAAUCACGAUUGUGCCAAGUGGAACUAGCUUCGGAGCCGGUACUCGCAGUGUAGUAUCUGGAUGGGGUCUGACUGCUCCUGGAGGAUCUCUGCCUGUCAACCUACGAGCUGUGGACAUUCCAGUUGUUGCUCAAGCCACGUGCCAGAGUCAGUGGGGAGCUGGAAGAAUUACCGCGAACAUGGUUUGCGCUGGUGAGCCUGGACGCGACUCGUGCAACGGUGACAGCGGUGGUCCACUCGUUACUGGAGGACGCCAGUUUGGUAUUGUUUCUUGGGGCGCUGUACAGUGCGGUGGAAACCUGGCGGGAGUCUACGCUAACAUUGGCGCUGCCAGUGUUCGCAAUUUCAUUAGUUCGAACACCGGAGUAUUAUUUUUACAGCCCUGGGAACGUCGUGCGAUGAAGGUUUGGAUAUUCGUUUUUGUGGUUUUCGCGGUGACCGCAACAGUGUGCGCAGACGACGCGGAGGAAAAUGCAUGGCAGGCUGUGCAGCUGAUCCCAGAGGCGUCCAGGAUAUUCGUUUUGAGGCAUUCGAAGCGUAUGAUUGGAUUGGAGAAAAUCAUUGGUGGUCAGAAAGUUGAUGUGAAGAAUUUUCCAUACCAGUUGUCGCUGAGAAGUAAUGGGAACCAUAUUUGUGGUGGUUCGGUGAUUUCACCUGACUGGGCACUGACGGCGGCACACUGUCUCUAUCCGGGUCGAGAUGUUGCCACUAUUUCACUGCGGGCCGGCAGCAGCGGUCGUCUAUCUGGCGGACAAAUCUACAAUGUGUCACAUAUAAUUUUCCAUCCACAAUACAAUCCGAUGCUGUUUGAUAAGGAUGUGGCCUUACUGAAAGUUUUGCUUCCAUUCCAUGGCGAGAAUAUCGCUCCUGUGCUGUUGGUCAACGAGGGGUAUGAACCGGAGGAAGGCAUUCGCAGCAUGGUUUCAGGAUGGGGACGAACGUUAACUGAUACCAGUUUACCAACUAUGCUACAUGCGGUAGAUGUACCGAUCGUAGGAAGAAGCUCUUGUAGCGUUUCAUGGGGUGAAGGUCUCGUGACUAACGACAUGAUUUGCGCCGGUCAGCUGGGACGAGAUUCGUGCAAUGGCGACAGCGGAGGUCCGUUGAUAUCUGGCGGGCGUCAAAUCGGAUUGGUUUCCUGGGGUUCAACCGACUGUGGAGGACCAUUGCCAGCCGUUUAUACACAUCUGGCGGCGGCAAGCGUGAGGCGUUUCAUUCAACGUGUCGCAGGAGUGUAAGAUAAGGCAAGGCAAUUUCGUUGCUGUCGCAGAGCGCCUGAGAUAAACUUAUGACGAGCAUAUUACUCUAUUAUAUCAGUGAAAUUGCUAGUUAUCAACGCUAGAAACAGAAAAUCAUUUGCUACCGCCACCGAAUGCUUCAGAGUUUGUCCGGAUAAGAUAGCCGCCGUUGGUAGUAGUACUAAUUACGGAGUAUCACGGUAAAAAUGUGCGUUUAAUUUACCAGGCGCAUGUAAUAUUUAUGCUAUAGAAUCUUAUCUUAAAAAUGUUACGAGUGGAGCCGUUGUUAUUGAAUACAUGUUAGCAAUGAGUACUGCCAUUUCCUCUUUUUUUCUUCGAGAACUGUUUUGUCAUUAGGGUAGCUAAGUGCACAUAGGUGACAACCUGAUACCCACCGUAUAGUAUCAGUAUCAAAAAGGUGACUGAGUUAGUCUAAUGAGCCUAUUAGUUUGAGCAUAGAAAAUUUUAUGACAUUAAAAUAAGCAUCGGUUCAAUAACAUAUAGUGGUUAUCUUCUGUAUAGUGGAUCUCUUCAAAGAGUUUAAGAAAAUAUUCAAUUAAAAUGAUGAUUUUGUAACCAAUGUAUUGGAAGCACCUAUAAAAUGUAUGCAUGAGAUACUUUCAUUCUCUUAGGAACGUAACUAUACAAUGUUUCGAUUUCAAUGGUGUGUAAAAAGUGGAAAAUCAUUAAAUAUCUAUAGAUACUUUAGGCAAAUAAAAUCACACCGUUUUCUCAUUUUGA